GAGUUGGUUGCAGUUGCUGCACCUUCGAGUCUCGAGAAGUAUUUGUUGGGUGUUGUCUGUUUUCUUUGUAGCUUUUGCUAGCACAACUUCUGCAGUUAUGAGACAGUCCUUCCAGUUCGAAGUGCUAAAAGAGCCAAGAGGGUUCAUAAAGGUUAUCCAGGUUUUUGUUGCCAUUUUUGCAUUUGCCACUUGCACUGAUUUUAGAGGUGAGUUGCAGUUGAAACAAGUCUGCAAUGGAACAAUGACACAUGAUACUGGAGCCAAAUUCAAAUAUCCCUUUAACACACGUCUCCAGUUUAAUGUGCACAGAUGUCGUGAUUGGGCAUUAUUUCCAUAUAUGCGUGAUCUGAGUUACCGAUCCUCCAUGGAAUACUUUGUCGUCAUUGGGGUCUUCUGUUUCCUGUACUCACUGGGUAUCUUAGUAUACUAUAUUGUAUUUGAGGAAGAUCAAGCUUCUUCAGCUGCUCCACCAGCAAAGUUUUCACCACCAGUUAUUGAUUUUGUCAUCAGUGUGGUCUUUGUAGUUUUUUGGUUUACUGGUGCAAUCGCUUGUGCUGCCGCUGUUACUGGCAUUAAGAGUGCAACUAACAUGGAUACUAUCAUCAAGAACAUAAAUUUAUGCACCAAGUCCUCAAUUAACAAUGUACUGUGUACUGCAACAAAGCAAGCAAAUUAUGCAACAUUGGAUAUAUCUGCUGUGAUGGGGUUCUUGAAUAUCUUUGUAUGGUGUGGCAACCUUUGGUUCUUGUACAAAGAGACACCAUGGCAUAACCCACAAAAAACGACUGCUGCAACAGUUUCAGGCCCUGGAGGGCCACCACCUUCAGUUCAAGCUCCAGCUGCUGCCAUUUGAAGAUUUGCUCAUUUGAUAUAAAGCUUUCCAAGAACUACUUUCUUCUGCAGACAAAUAAAUUGACAUUUGACUGGUAUAGCAAGUCGAGGACUUCUUGUCUCAACUUACUUGUCUUCCUUAAUGUAACCAUCCCCUCUCUAGCCUCCAAACACAAUUAUUCUAGGACCACUUGUACUUUAAGUUACCCUUAAACUCUAAGUUCCCUUCAAACUUAUGACAUUUCCAUCUUAUUUUGUUGUUGUAUGUAUCAAGCGUUUUGUCUUCAACACACUAUAACUGACUCAAGUUUAUUGCA